GAGUGGUAGGCUGGACUGGAGAUCACGAAGGGACACGGAAAUAACCACUGUUUUACGCGACUUUUCCGUUCACUUGGAACGUUUAUAUAUAUACUUUUUAAAAAAUGUAAAAAGGAAUAUGGAAGGAAAAAGCGGAUACAUCUUAUUCACGCGCACCGCAGUGGUUUACGGUUUAAUCCUCAUCAACCCGGUGUUAAGUGAUGACUGGACUCAUGCCCAUGCAGAGGACAAGUUGUUCAACAGGCUGUUCAUUGGCUAUAACAAGUGGUCCCGCCCCGUACAAAACAUCAGCGACGUUGUCAUCGUCAAGUUUGGUCUGUCCAUCGCACAGCUCAUAGACGUGGUGAGACAAGUCGCACAUUCAUGUUUUCUACACUUAAUCUAUCACUCAAUCAAUCAAAUCUCUAUCCUUCACCCUCAGGAUGAGAAGAACCAGAUGAUGACCACCAACGUGUGGCUGAAACAGGAGUGGAGUGACUAUAAACUGCGGUGGCGUCCAUCUGACUACGACAAUGUAACGUCCAUUAGAGUUCCUUCUGAACUGAUCUGGGUACCUGACAUCGUCCUCUAUAACAAUGCGGAUGGUGAGUUUUCAGUGACCCAUAUGACCAAGGCUCAUCUGUUCCAUAGUGGUCAUGUGCGCUGGGUUCCCCCGGCCAUCUAUAAGUCCUCCUGCUCUAUAGACGUCACCUUCUUCCCCUUCGAUCAGCAGAAUUGUAAAAUGAAGUUUGGCUCCUGGACCUACGACAGAGCUAAGAUAGAUCUAGAGCCUAUAGGGGAUACUGUGGAUCUGAAGGACUACUGGGAGAGUGGUGAAUGGGCUAUAGUGAACGCAGUGGGAACCUACAACACUAAGAAGUAUGACUGUUGCCAUGAGAUCUACCCUGACAUAACCUACUAUUUCAUGAUCAGACGCCUGCCUCUAUUCUACACUGUCAACCUCAUUAUCCCUUGUCUCCUCAUCUCCUGUCUCACCGUCCUGGUGUUCUAUCUGCCUUCUGAUUGUGGAGAGAAGAUCACCCUGUGUAUCUCCGUUUUACUUUCUCUCACCGUCUUCCUGCUGCUCAUCACCGAGAUCAUCCCCUCCACCUCCCUGGUGAUUCCUCUCAUCGGGGAAUAUCUCCUUUUCACCAUGAUCUUUGUCACUCUGUCUAUUGUCAUAACGGUGUUUGUGCUGAACGUCCAUCAUCGUUCCUCUGCUACUCACACCAUGCCUCGCUGGGUUCGGACACUGUUCCUGUCUGUCAUUCCCCGCUGGCUCUGCAUGAAACGACCCCCACCUGAUCUCAGGAGGAGGGGCUUAGUCGGCAAACUCCACCCCUUCGGAACCUUCAGAACGCCUGGCCCCUCCCGCUCUUCGUCGCAUUCCACAGCUCACACCUGGCUCAUGCGGGAGUCCGAUGUUGAUCUCCAUGGUAACGAGGACGAGGAUGUGAUUCGCCGUGGUUACUUGGAUACGGACAUGGACGCGGGGUUAGGGGUGGGGCUGAGGCUUCCCCCAUCCUUCUCCUUUCCCCCUCCCUCUCCCCGCCUGCCCGUCUACACCCCCCUCAUCCCUAAGACUCACACCACCCAGCGGCCCCCCAAUCUGAGUCUGACCCCCGACUGGGAUUACAAUCCCCCAGGUCCUGAUGUUGGUAUGGCCCCAGCUCCAGCCCUGUCUCCUGCAGUGUUACGAGCCCUGGAGGGGGUGAUGUACAUCGCUGAACACCUCAGAGCCGAGGACCAAGACUUCUCUGUGAGACCCCUACUGCACCACACAGGGAACUACAACCCCCUACUGCACCACACAGGGAACUACAACUCCCUAUUGCACCAUACAGUGAACUACAACUCCCUACUACACCACACAGAGCACUACCACCCCCUACUGUACCACACAGAGAACUACAACCCCCUACUGUACCACAGAGAACUACAACUCCCUACUGUACCACACAGAGCACUACCGCUCCCUACUAUACCACAUAGAGAACUACAACCCCCUACUUUACCACACAAUAACUACAACUCCCUACUGCACCACACAGCGAACUACAACUCCCUACUGUACCACACAGAGAACUACAACUACCCAAUGUACCACACGAACUACAACUCCCUGCUGUACCACACAUAGAACUACAACUCCCUACUGCACCACACAUAGAACUACAACUCCCUACUGUACCACACAGAGAACUACAACUACCCAAUGUACCACACACAAACUACAACCCCCUACUGUAUUACACAGAGAACUGCAACUCCCUACUGUACCACACAGAGAACUACAACUCCCUACUGUACAACACAGAGAACUACAACUCCCUACUGUACCACACAGCGAACUACAACUACCUACUGACCAACAACACACGAUUUAGGGGAGAUGGAAAGCGAGGGGAGAGAACUGAGUAGAAUCUGUCUCUGGAUGUGCAUUUUGUGGUCUUUUUACAAUGUUAAUUAACCUGUGUGUGGUUUGUGUGUGUCAAGGUGAAGGAGGACUGGAAGUACGUUGCCAUGGUGAUAGAUCGUAUCUUCCUUUGGAUGUUCAUCAUCGUGUGUCUCCUGGGAACCAUCGG